AUGUCCUCCUCUACCAACUCCUCAAACACCCAUCUCCUCCCUCGUAGCAAUAUAUUCCGCCCAGCGCAACCUACCACCCUCCAGCGCUUCCGCAACCCAAUCGUCUUCUUUGCAACCUGGCUCUACACGCACCAGCCCUCACUCUCUCCUCCCUCUCCUCCAUUUCCACCCUCAGGAAAGCUGAAACGCAGAGACAGCAGCAUAGCACAUCCACUAAGAGUAGUCUGCAUAUCUGACACACACAACACCACACCCACCGUACCGAGGGGUGAUAUUCUAGUCCAUGCGGGGGACCUGAGUCAGAAUGGCACGUUUGAGGAGGUGCAGAGGGCGGUGGAUUGGAUAAGUAGCCUGCCUCAUGAGCAUAAACUUGUUAUCGCGGGAAACCACGACCUCAUCCUUGACGACGUCUUUGUCGCCGAUGCACCUAAUCGAGUCUUCACGACAGAAGAUGGGAGGAGAAAAGAGGAUCUAAAAUGGGGCGACGUCAUCUAUCUCGAGGAUUCAAUGGCUACGAUUAACGUGCGAGACCGAAAUAUCACGGUAUUCGGAUCACCGUACACACCGAAGUACGGUAAUUGGGCGUUUCAGUACGACCCCGCGAAGGGGGGGAAACCUGUGGCGCGGUAG